AGGAGAGUACCGAAGAGGAAGCUGGAUGCUGAGACGGAGCUGCUGGUGACACUGAAGCAGUUUUCAUCCUGAAAACAGAAAAACGCCACGUCUGUCUGAACGUCUCGGGAUUGGGAGGACGAUGAACAGGUCUGGCGGCCCCCCAGGGGAGGAUCUCACGGAUGAGGAAAAGGAGAUCAUCAACAGUGUACUGGCUCGUGCAGCCAUGAUGGAGGCCAUGGAGCAAGAGAGGAUCAAGCGUCUUUCCAGUCGCCUGGAUAACAUUAAGAAGACGGUGUGUGGCGAUGGACAGUCGCAGUGUCUGCUGUGUGGGGAGUCCUUUGGACCACAGGGGGUCACAGCUGUCCUCUGUGUGCAGUGCAAAAAGCACAUGUGUAGCCAAUGUGGGAUCUGGAGCAACAGCAGGACCUGUCCUGUGUGGCUGUGCAGAAUCUGCAGCGAACACCAAGAGCUACACAAGCGCUCAGGAGCUUGGUUCUUCAAGGGGAGAGACCAGCAGGGUCUGCCUGACCCCCUCCCUCUGUCCAGACCUAGAGAGCUAAGCACCGAGAACAGCACCGAGAACAGCACAGAGAACAGCAUCGAGAACAGCACCGAGAACAUCACUGAUCCAGUCGGCCUCGAUGGACCACAGGAACCUACAGCACAUCAUCCGAGACAUGCUCCUGCUGCACAUGUGAAGAAUGAGCAUUCAGAGAGGGAAGAGAGAGCGCCCCCUCCGGCUGCGGAGGAAAAAAGACAACCUGUCGUCUCCAGUUCCAUUUCACCUCAUAUUCCAACCAGAACUGUUCCACCUGCCAAUCCCCCUGCCAACAAUCCCACUCCCCCAAGACCAGCACCAGAUCGAACAGAGGUCGAGGACAAUGACUACGACUCGGACGAUGCCACUACCCUGGGAUCUCUGGAGUUCAGUCUUCUUUACGAACAGGAGAACCACACCCUACAGUGCUGUAUCAUCAAAGCUAAGGGCUUAAAGCCAAUGGACUCAAACGGACUCGCUGACCCGUAUGUUAAGUUGCACCUGUUACCUGGAGCCAGUAAGUCUAACAAGCUUCGCACCAAGACGCUUAAAUACACCCUGAAUCCUGCGUGGAACGAGACUCUGAUCUACCACGGCAUCACUGAUGACGAAAUGUCACGCAAAACUCUCCGGCUCUCAGUGAGUGAUGAAGACAAGUUUGGACACAACGAAUUCAUAGGAGAGACACGAGUUGCUCUGAAGAAACUGACGUUUAACCAGAAGAAGAACUUCAACGUUUGUUUGGAGAGAGUGAUCCCGGUGAAGAAGGCAGUAGGAGGCUCAGCCCGUGGCAUGGCUCUCUAUGAGGACGAUCUGAAUGAAGGUGAGGACUCAGAGGAAAGAGGUCGUAUCCUGGUAUCACUGAUGUACAACAGUCAGCAGAGUCGUCUCAUAGUGGGCGUGGUCCGCUGUGCUCACCUGGCUGCCAUGGACUCCAACGGAUACUCUGACCCGUUUGUCAAAGUAUGUCUGAAGCCAGAUAUGGGAAAGAAAGCUAAGAACAAGACGCAGAUAAAAAAGAAGACCCUCAAUCCAGAAUUUAAUGAGGAGUUCAGUUAUGAUAUAAAGCAUGCUGAACUCGCCAAGAAAACCCUGGACAUCUCAGUCUGGGACUACGACAUGGGCAAAUCCAAUGAUUUCAUCGGAGGAUGUCAGUUAGGCAUCCAGGCUAAAGGAGAGUCUCUGAAGCACUGGUACGAGUGUCUCAAGAACAAAGACAAGAAGAUUGAGUGCUGGCAUGUUCUGCUAAACGACAGCACUGCUCACUUUGAGGACUGAAACGUCAUCUCCCCGUGGAUUUUCUUUCUCUCUCGUUCUCCCCGUUGAAUAUUGUCUUCCUGUGAGCACAGGUGGAUUGAUAUUAUCCUCUUUGCUUUUAUGUACGUUGUCCCAAAGUGCAAUGUGCAAGCUACAUUUCCAGCAGUUUUCAGGUGACCAACAUGGAUGUUGACCGUGGGGCUCUUUGUGAUAAGGAGCAACCACUAAAUAAACCAGGAAGCUGUUGUUUUGUCAUUUUUACUGUUAUCAUGUCAUAAACUGAAUCACAUCAUAAAUAAAUAAACCUAACCCGACAUGCGGUAAUGAUUGAAUAGUGAUUACCAUAUUUUAUGGAGAAGAUAAAACCCUUGUUAUCAUUGUCUUUAAGGCAGUGUGUUGUAAUGACGUGUGCCUCCGAGCUUGGGCCCAGCCGAGGGAGUUUCCCGUUUUCCGUCUCUGACCUUUUUCCCAUGUUGAUCUGUGCACCUGUCAUUCGAGAUCAUGUACUGUGUCAUCAGCUGAUCUGUGUGACCAUGUCGUUCAAGUGCUUGCGUCACCAAAACAUGCAUUUCACAUGUAUUACUGUGCAUAAUUACUGUGCAUCAUGCAUGUGUUAGAUAUUAAAUGGGACACUUACAGAUGUUUAGUUGCUGAAAUGAUGUGAACAAACUCUCUUUCGUUGUUGAUGUGAUAUGCGUUUGUGUUUUGAUACAGAUAAGAUGUUGAUCUGAUUAUCAGUACUGUCACUACGUGUGUGUGAUCUUCUCCUGUGCAUGUGUGAGCGUUCUGUCUUUCUGCUGGAGAAACCAAAAAGCCCAGAAUGCUUCUGCAUGGCAUCUUAUUAUGAUGAGCGAGUCCAAUUAUGCAACGUGAGUGGUGAUCCAGAAAACUCAUGAAAUAUUCCGAUGCCGGUUUAACUGAUCUGUUUCCAGCUACAUAUUCAACAUUUGUCUCUCUGUGUUCAUAUUGAUGCAUGUCCGGACUCAUGUUGUAGCGUACACGUGGCUAAUAAAUAAAGACACC